AUGGGUUUGAGCCACAUGCCGGCCUGCGAGAGCGUGGCUCGCCCCGAGCCCGAGAUGGCGAACCCGAAGGGAUCCUUUGCGGUCAAGGACCUGAAGAAGCCAGCAUCCAAACCACGGAUCGACUGCAUUGAUGGAUGCCGCUUUGCCCUGGUUCUGCCAAUCAUCAUUGGGCACUUCAUCCGCUUCGGAACCUCCAACAAGUGGCUUCUCAAACUUCUGACCCAGGAGAACGUCCUGGUGGGCGGCUUCUUCAGCAUCUCCGGUUAUGUGAUGGCCUACGUAGCCACAAACGUGGGUGAGCGAAGCGCCAAUAUGCAGAAGUUGAAGCAGCCGGAGCUCUUCUUCUGGCAGAAGGUGAUGGGCUACUAUCCUCUGCACUUCGUGGUCUCAUCAGCCUUUGCGCCAAUGUUCAUCUUGAUCGACAGGUGGAUGAAGAACUCUUGGAAGACGACGUCGCUGCAUGCCUUCUUCAACUACUUCCUGUUGCAGGCCUGGUUCCCCUCCGCCGCGGAGAUCUGGAACCCUCCCACUUGGUUCCUUUCGGCUUUGACCUUCGCGAAUCUUACGAUGCCCACCUUCGUGCUUCCGCAGGUGUCGCGGCUGAGCAAAGAUGGGCUCAGCAAACUCUAUGCCGGACUCUGUGGGGUGUCGCUUCUGCAGAAGCUGUCGUAUUCUCAGGCCUGGAAGUUUUAUUGCUGCGGUGGAUACAAGGAGAAGCCCACUCAUCCUUACCUCUGGAACGUCACGCGCUUCCAUCCUUUCUCUGCCUUGGUCGAGAUCACGGAAGGCGUUGUGGCCGCACGAAAUGUCAUGCUCGAUGAGGGGCGCCGGCCGCAAAAUCCACUCUGGCUCUUUCUUGCAAGCUACGCCACUCUGGCAUUGAGGCUGACUUCAUUGAACCUCAAUGAUGCCAUGAUCCGGUCACUGCUGUUUAUGCCGCUCUACACCAAGUUCCUGAUGACCAUGCACAGGGACUGCAUGAGCGAGCAGCCCCAUUGCCUCACCCGCUUCUUCGGCUCGAGGACGAUGGCCUGGUUGGGCUCCCUCGCCUUCCCGAUGUUCAUCGUCCACGGACCUGUGGGGCAGAUAUUCUACAAGAAGACCAUUGCCACGAAGCUCUGGGGCCGUGUGAUGCCUAAGCCGUUCUUCCCGAUCUACUUGAUGAUUGUCAUGGCCGUGGCCCACCUCUUGAAUGAGGGCUUCGUAAAGAACAAGGCGGUGCAGCGCCUGAGCGCCCGCUUGGCGCAGUUCCUUGCAGAUCGGACACACGGCAUGCUCCAGGACCUUCAUCGACGCUCCCGCAGCUUUGGCAGCCUUGGCAGCUUUAGCAGCCUGAAGGAUGCCCAUGCGUGA